AUGGGGUAUGAGGUUGAUGAAGCUACUUUGGAUGCCUACGCACAACACUUGCUAAACACUUUGGUAGACACCAAGGAGGAAAGGUUCAAAACCUGCAAGGAGAAAUCAAUGGAGUUGCACUCCAAGUUCAUCAAACUGGCAAGGAAGAGGAAAGUUACAAAGAUUGUAGAAGACAUUCUUGUUGAAGAAGGAUAUCCUCGAGAGAAAUUCAGAGCUACUAGAGUUGUGAGGGAUGCAGUUGAAAAAAGAAAGAAACAAAAGACUGCCCCUGCUCCAGUUAAGGUGAAGGCACCGAAGAAAGGAGAAUUUGGCAGAGUUAUCCGAAAAUCCCAAUCUGGUGGUGAGAAGAAGAGGGAAAAGGAGAAGAAGGCUAAAUCAGACCCUACUAGGAGGCCUACAAGAGGAAGGCGGGUUAAGAUUCAACCGGAGUCUAGUGAUAAAAAAAGAGGAGGCAAGGAAAGAGACAAAAGAAAUAUGGAGAAAAUUAUUCUGAAUGAUCCUCUAUACAAAGAUGCACUUAAGCCAUCUCAGUCAGAAAAUCCUCGGGCAUAUGAUGUAAAUAAGGAGGAGGAUACUCAAGAUGUUGCAGAGCAAUAA